AUGUUUGUGGCCGUUCUCCGCCUCAAACCCCUGGCAUCUGACCUAAAGUGCUUCAGAGCGCCCGAUCACUUCGAAGUGCUCAUUCAGCGCGAUUUCCUCGGCAAUCAUCUAGUGCCAAUCCAACCGGGUGCCGAUUAUUCCUUGAAACUGGCCUUAAGAUCUGUGGCUAUGGUUGAUAGGUGAGCCUGACGUCAUCAUGACGCUAUUUAGUCAUAUAUUCUUGUGUUUGCGGUUGUUGCUGUUAUCAGAAAAUUCUUUUGACCCGUUCUAGUUUGCCCUUAUAAUCGUGCCUUUUUAUAGCACAUUGGCCCAGAGGGCUGUCCCCGUUCCUAUGUGUCUUCAUGGGCCUAGUUCAUCAUCCUCAACUCCCUCUCACCUUGUUUGUGUCCCAGUUUUGGAUGAGCUCCACAAAUUCUUAGAGUCUGAUAAGUUUAAAUUCUACAACUUGGCCGAGCUUCUGAAUCUCUCCAUUAAUGAGGACAAGUUUUUGGACCGACAGACCAGCUUCUUCAUCACGCGGAUCGGGGAGUAAGUGGUCGAAUUUACAACCUUAUAAACAAUUCUUUUCUUUCGAUUUUUUAUCUGCUUUGUUACCGCUUAUUUGACUUUCAGAUGGCUAGAACAACAACAAUGUUCGAAUGUCAGUUUUCUGGCCGAUUUAUUCAGAAAAAGAGCGUCGAAAGAAAGGAUACGAUCCUGCGUUCAUUCUCCCGCUUACUCUCAGAAAUUCAGAACGUUAUGCAAAAAGUAAGAGUUACAGUAAUAUUAAUCGUUUUUUCUUCAUCGAAUUUUUCAUGCCUUAAGGUUUCAGACAACUCCAAAUUCGCCGGAAAGAUGACUCAGAGUUGAGAAGAUGCGAAGAUCUGGAAGAAGAUGUGGAAAAAGCCAAUAAUACUCGAGCUUUGAUGAUACUGAAAGAGAAAUACGAGAAAGCAGUGUUUAAUCCUGUAUUCGGAGUGCUCAGCGAAACCAUGAAACGGACGGUAAGACUUGUUUUAUGACGUCAUUUUCUUCUUUGUUGGGUCAUUUGGGUGUGGUUAUGACUUGAGAAGAUAAGGUUGAUUACCGUAACUCUUAUCACCUGCUGUUUUUACAAUGUUUGUGGGACCUUCGGUAGUUAUCAAGUUCUUCCGGGAUCACGCGGGAUUACGGUAGAAAUUAUAAGUUGAAAAGAUAAUGUAGGUAUAGUAUCUGGUGACUGCAAUAUUAGGCAUACAAUAUUGUUAUCCAAUUUGUCGCCCGAUCCCUCAUCUGAAGUGGAUUUGCACUCAAUCCGUCUUCCUUUGUCGCCCACUCCAUCAUCCUCUUUCAGGCCCCGGUCUACUUCGUCAAGGGCCGUUCGGACAAGGUCGAAUCAUGUCAAGAUACGCAGAUCUCUUCGUCCGAUUCCUGGGAGCAGAUGUUCCCAUUGCAUCGAGCCGCCUUCAGCGGGGACCAUCUGCUAGUCAAGUAAGUGUGAAAACAGCAUUACGAUACACUUUUACAGACAGUUGUUGGAUCAAGGAUAUGAUCCGAAUAAGGCGGAUACUGAUUCCUGGACUCCACUACAUUACUCUACCUUUUACAAUCAAUUCAAAGCCUGCGAAGUGUUGAUGUUACAUCCAGAGACAGAUGUAAAUGCACGGAAUAAGACAGGGGCCAGUCCAUUACAUUUUGCGGCUCUAAAUGGACACGUUUACUUGGUGGAAUUGAUGAUCAGCCACAGCAAAUUGAAUGCGGGAAUCAGAGAUCAGAAUGGGAAAACGGCCUUAGACUUUUGUGAAUCGGUCCCCAAAUUGGAAUGGCAGAAUAUCUCGGCGUUACUACGUAAUCUGACGGUAUUGCGACCGGAGAAGAUUGAGAUUAAUCUGAUUGGAAGGAACAGUCUGCAAAUAAAAUGCACCCCGGCUACUGUAACUGCUGGUCAAUUGAGAGACAGUAUCUUGAAGGUGGAAGGACUGAAUGCCGUCAUGUCCGACAAGGUGUUUGCUUUGUGGAUCUGCUCGGAGCGUCUGAGUAAGUGGUUUUUGGACUUGAUUAUUACAGAAAUUCUGCAAAAUCUCCUUUAUUCUUUUCCUUUAUGGACUUUUCUCAUUGUCUCAUUGGCCAUUUUACAGGCCUCCAACUUAAAGCCGAAAUGAAAAUCCGAACCCAUCUGGAAAAGUGGUUGGAAUACCUGUCCAAAUGGGGCGAUGUGCAAGAUCGGGCCAAUCCCAGCGAGAAGCCGCGCCUCUACUUCAAACGGGAUGCCCGAACCCUUUUGGGCGACGAACGGGAUGUGGUGAGUACAAUGGCAUUGUUAGAGAUGUUCAUCGUUUAUUUUAAAAUACUCUGGGAAAACUGUACAAAGGGGAAAGAAAUCCGGGUGGGGGAACAGGUGGACGAUAAGUCAAAUAGAAAUGGCCGAAAAGAUGAUAAUAGACUAGGAAAGGAAGGAACAGAACCUGAGGAAGGGGAGCACUUUAGACAAAGAUGCCAGUCAUAUUAGUCACUGACUCUUUUGGACGACGAUUCAAAGAGCAAGCAGAAAAAUCAAAGUACCCGUUAAGAGUAAGGAAAAUGUCCAAGAGGAGGCUGAAUUUAGACAACCAUCCCCUUGACAUCCCUCAGUACAUACUUCAACAAAUAAAGUGUCGGUAUCUCGACGUUUCUGGCCAGAUUUCUGGUUGGAUUCGAGGAAAUGUCGCUUCAUUCUUUUGCGGGAGCUCUUGUAGAGGGUGCAGCCGAGAACGUCUGACUCAACUCCACAUUUUCGUUCGGUUACUGUGAUCUCUAAAAUCAAAAUUUUGAUUUGGAUGUCUGCUAAUUCUGUUUAUCAAAGAAUUUUCUUUCCCGCAUCCGGCUAUCAUUUUUAAUCAAAAUUUAUUUUAUUUUAUGCAAAAUAAUUCCCAGCCAAGCUUCUAUUGUCUUCCGACCCUGAGGCAAUGUUAGUAAUUAUGCAACCAUUCCCCUUGACAGAUUAAAAACCCCGCCUGAAGCUUCAAGAUUAAUUCCGACGGCGUUUUAAUUAAACCCCGAUAUCCCCGCAGGGCCGUAAAAACAUACCGUUGGAGACGCCCUGCCGAUAAUAGCUGUAGAUGCAAUGCGUAUGAGUGGAAUUCUGGCAUUCAGUGGGGGUGAUCAUCCCUUCCUGACAUCGCUGAACGUGCUGCUCUGUCUCCUCGGGGGUAUACCAGGAUCCCCGACGGUCACAUUGAAUGCAUUUCAACGAGGAGGCUAAAAUAAUACGAAUUCACUGCGCUGACUUUGUUUAUAUUAUGCAUUUGUGGAUAGUGUUUGGAUAACGGAAUGGCAGUUUCCGGUUCAAUCACUCUGCCCAGGUAUUCAUGAUGCAAUAUUAUAUGUCAUCGUAUCUUAUGGAUGCCAAAAAUCUCGCGUUCUGUCCAUCCCGAACGCCCUCAAUCCCGUGGACAAACAAAUCCACGGACUUUUGGGGGCAAUGGACAGGAUGUGGGACCCUGAACCGGAAGCAACUUUCUGUUUCCGAGCGAGUAGCUCUUACCCAAAUGUAAUGUAAAUAGGGCCGACAGGCUCAGCAGAUACUGGACCAAGUUUAUCUCCAUCUUCGAAACAUGCCCUGCAAUGGCGAUUAUUAUGCCGGGAACAUGGAUAAUAUAAUACUCGCGACAAGUCUCGUGAGGAUUUGUGAGGGAUACGCGGAUAAGAAUGGGGUUCCAAAACAAUGCCAUCAUCGGCAUUCCAAGGGGAAAGGAAGCCGAGGAAAACGGAAAUAAAAAAUACUCAAAUUAUACUGUACUACACUGUUCAAUUCACAAUAUUUCAGGCAUGCCGAUCAGCAGAAGCCGUCAGAUUAUUGUACGGUGAAGCCGAAAGACAAUUCUUGAAUGGCUUAUAUCCCGCCAAAGAGAAGGACACGAUCAAGAUGGCUGCAAUAAUUCUGAGAUUAUUAUUUGGCCAACAACUCGGAAACAAUAUGGAGUAAGUCCCUUUGAAGAGAUUAUUAUUAUAAAUUAAAGUUCAUCCUGUAUACUAAACAUAGUAGGUCCUUUCACUUCGCACCCUGAAAGACACAUAUUUCCGGGGAACAAAUAAAAUCGGGGCCAAUUUUCAUAAAGGAACAAUGGGCGGGUCAGAGGGCAAAGGCGCGCGGCUCUGAAUGGAACCGGCGGCUAAUUAAGGGGACGCCGGCGGUCCUUAUGAAGCGCGCCUCCAGAAAGUUUAGAGCGCGUGGGAAUCCGAGCAAUUAAGACCUCGGGGCUUCUAAUCUUGGCCAUCUGAGCCGAUUGGCUUUGGUCAUUUCGGAGGGAGUGAAAAAGAACAUCUUCUGGUCCUUGAGAAGUAUCCAAAGUAAGCACGUGCCUGAUAGGAUGGCCUGACGAACUGAGUCGACGAACUCCCUCAAUAGCCGUGUCUGUAAGCACAAUAUGGCCACGGAUACUUGUGAUCAAGGUCAAGUACUCGGGGCCAUAUUGAAGCCCGCUUCUCUAAUUAGAAUCCCUCUAAUUAGAGCGGACCGUAUCGCGGAUAAUUACUCAGGUAAACAACGGAUAAAUUCUCAUUAAAAUGGAGGACAAUUAGCCCGGGCGGAACGCGGUUUUGAUCCCAUAAAAGGGAUAAAUGGAAAGAGGGGAUCCGGGCAGCCGGGACCGCGGAAUGGAAAUCGGUGGAAAUUCGAUUCCCCGCACCGUAAAAGGGAAGCGACCACAAACAUUUCGAGUGGCAAUGGAGUUGUUUUACACUACCCAAUAAAUUAAAUAGCAUCCUUUAAUUCCGAUACACCAAAAAACUAAAUUACAGUACGGUAUUUAGGACGUUACUCAUGGUUAGUAAGGACCCAACAUGCGGUUUGUUAAACCCGGAAUUGCAUCUAAAAAACUAAAGAGCCUUCCUUCAAACUAAUGCCCAAUACAUGUGGCCAUCGCUCAGUCAGUGUAAAAACCUAACCCCAAAAAAUAUUUGUCACACUGCGGGCGUGUCCGGAGGCAUUUUUGCGACGACAUAAGCCCGUAUGCCUCAUUUGUAUUCCGGCACUAAAAUUGACUCACAGACAGGAGCGGUGACCUCAGAUCGAAAGCAAAUAAAUCAUGGGAAGAACUCCCGAUUGGGGAACAUGGAACGGGAUAUUACACUAGGGGAAGAAGCGGUGAUAAUCGGGCAGAUAAGGGAUCUCGGCUUAUGACAACGAUUACACUGUAAUCGGUUGUAAAUUCGAGAGCGCUUUGCGGUAAAUAUAGGGUCAAAAGAUGUUGGGGAUUAACGAAUAAAAUUUAAUAUAAAUAAUUAACAGUCGUGUGUAAUCAACUUUUGAAAAAGUAUUCGAAAUACAAAAAAGGACUGUAUGAAAAAAUAAGUGGUCUCAAUGACCAACUAAUUUUCAUCGCCGCCCGCAUCCCAUCGAAGUCGCAGCCCCUCAAAUCGGCACUCCUGAAAUUCUUGAAAAUGGGCGGAGCUUAUUAGAGCCCUUGGCCGCCGGAAAGAAUGGCCACAAGAAAGAAUACGGGAAUAAGUGGGGACCGUAUGGAGGGUUUCUUUGGCUUCUAAGCACCUUCUGAUGAUCCCGGAAUUGGAGUGGACACUCGCCGCAUCCGCCCUCCCCCCUUUCCUGACCCCCAAAGUGGUUGGAAGGAAUGCAAUUUCCAACGGGAAUGUUCCCCUCACCAUAACACGCAUUUUGGCGCCUCCAAAAAAAAGAGUUGGCCAUCUUUUGGACUCCUCACUAAACGUCUAAAAAAGGUGCCAAACAGGCCGGAAAUGGGUGAGCGCAGGGAUUACAAUGGACAAUAGAGAGUAACAUCAAAAGCCCGGAGGGAAAGUACGGGAACGGCACGGAACGCCGCUUUCAACACUUUUACAUUACUUGAGACCCAGCGAAGAGAAUGGCAUAAACAAUCCAUCCUACCUUUUACAAUAUGUUAUAUUGGACAUGGGCCGCAAAAGGAAUUGAUAAAUGAAUGGAAAAAGUGUUAAAAUCUCGAAUAAAUGAGGGCCGGACAUAAAAGAACAAGAUGUUGGCAGAUGUUUUUGAUGUUCGUCCGGAAUUAAUCGGAUAAAAGGAAAGCAUUACACAUUGUUAGAGGCAAAGAGGCUUUGUGGAGGGGAUAUUGCGGAAAUUGGACGAUAAUGUCGUCAGUUAGGGCGGGAGAUUAGAGAAAACAGAGACUAAGGAAGAUGUAAGUAGAGACAUUAUAAAAUUAAAUAUCAAAGACUGAUCAGUUAUUGUCUCGGAUUACCGUAAUCUUUCAGUUACUCCACACUGACAGCCUGUAUGCCCAGACAUCUGAUCCCCGUGGAGAGUGACCGCUCCUUCUCCAAAUUGGUAUCCAAAUUGAAGGAGGCCCAUUCCCAGCUCACCCAGAAACCGACUACUGUCCAUCAACUUCAAUUCGACUUCCUUCAACUCUGCUGGAAAUUAAAUGUCUACGGUUGCACUUUCUUCAAGGCACACAUGUAUCGGAGUAAAGUGAGUUGAACUUUUUUGAUUAUGAAUUGAAUACGAACGAAAAUUAAAGAUUGCAAAAAAAUUUUUAAUUCAUUAAAGUCGUAAAAAUUCAAAAAUCGAACAAUUUUACUUUAUAAAAUAGUUUUGCAAUUCAUUAAACACGCAAGGGUUUAUAAAUCCGCCAUUUAUUACAUCAAAAUAGCCUUACGCCGACCUCAGCCAGUUAAAAAAAAACUGCAUUACUAGCAGAGAAUACGUUUUUAAUGUCUGUAAUACGAUGUUCUCGCAUAAAUAAUGAGAGUAAUCAAUGCAAGUAAUAUCCGACGCGGAAUUGUAAAUCAUUCGGAGCCCCUUUUCCACUAAUGAAAGAUCAACAAUCGAGGAUAUUAUCCUUGAUGAAGCCCUAGUCUGUAAUUAUUAUUAAGGUCUCUUUGAGAGCGCAGAAUUUAUGGGUAACGGUGAGAAAUGGAGGGGAUUUUAUACGGCGAUACUGUGGGUUCUUAAGGGAAAAUAGUAAACUAGUUUGGAGGAAAUUUACAUCGAAAAUUCAAAUAAAAAAAUAAUUUUUUUGAAAUAUCUGAAUUUAAUUUCAGCCACCCUUCGAGACCUCUCCUGUUUACCUCGGAGUGAAUGAUUGGGGAGUUUCGGUGAUCGGGCAACAGACUCUCAAGCAAUUGGAGGCCGUCGAACUCCAUCAAUGUGAACUGGUUCAUGAGAAUGGCCGCGAUUACCUCGAACUCCACCGAAAGAAACACGAACCGUUAAUGUUCUCGACUCCACAGGUGAGUAUUAUAAUAUACUUGGCAGGUGGAUCUUUGCGUUUCUUUUGUCACCGAUCCGAGCCCUCUAAUCCCUUAAUUCCAGGCUCUGCUCGUGGCUCAACUCUUCAAACAACUCCAAACCAAAGUUGCCAAUGCUCGGACGAAGAAAUGA